GAGGGAAAGACGAAAUUCAUGAUCACAUCCUCAACGUGAGCCAAGAUGGAAAGAACAUUUCCAAGGGUCAGACAGAAAUCAAUCAUUAAGAAAUAUCAGAAGAAAGCAAGGCUGUCACGGAAUGCUGACAUUUUGAUUUUUCUAGACUACAUACUGUUUCUCAAACGCCUUGCAGCAGAAGCAAGUAUCAAGGCGCUGGAGGAAGGAGAGAGGACCUUAAAAAGUAAUCAUGUGAAUACUGUGUUUAAGAAUGUGUUGAAGAGUUGCAAAGGAUGAAGGUGAUUUGUAACCAUCAACCUUAAUUCAAAGGAAGAUUACAAGAAAAGUCUUCAUGCAUCAAUUAUGAUAAUGAUACUACGAACAUUUUGAAUCUCUAUCAAAAGUCACAGAUGGCAUGUUUUUCUUGUUAAGUUUGGGAGUCAUAAAAUUGGUUUUUGUUCUCCAUGCUAACUAUCCACAAGUAAAUUAUACAAAAUUUUGAGCCUUUUGGCUUAGCAGAAAGCACCUUACAAAGUGUCUUACAAUUUACGUUGCAUGAUUUUAAAAGGUUUACAUGGGAGAUUAAUUAAUAAAGCUGUUUAUUUAA